UCACAUUUCAAUCGAUCUUGAGUUGAGUACAAUGGAUUCCAAAAACGCAUUCCUCAUCCUUGGUCUAUUGGCCAUGGUUCUUCUUAUUUCCUCAGAAGUGUCAGCUAGGGACUUAACCGAGACUUCAACUAAUACCAAAGAUGAGGUUGUUGAAAAAUCAAAUAAACUAAAUGAUGCCAAAUACUCUGGUGGAAGCUACAACCAUUGUAUUGGCGGCGGUUACAAUGGUGGUGGAGGAGGCUACAACAAUGGUGGUGGCGGCGGUUACAAUGGUGGCGGAGGAGGCUAUAACCAUGGUGGUGGCGGUGGUUACAAUGGUGGCGGAGGAGGGUACAACCAUGGUGGUGGCGGAGGAGGAUACAACCACGGUGGUGGCGGAGGAGGUUACAAUGGUGGUGGUGGUUAUCGUGGUGGAGGUGGACAUGGUGGUAGUUCCGACAAUGGUAACUGA